GCUGUACAAUUUAACAGCAGACAUGUUGAUAGUAGGUCAACUGGCUGCUCUUGUAAUCCUCAUUCUUCAGAGGUGGAUCAUCACAGCCGCGGGGCUGACUCAUGCGCCGGACGAGUUAAAAACCGCUGGAGCGCCAAGAGAACAAAGAGUCUGCUGUGGGACUCCGCUGAGCACGUCUCCGGAGCACCAGCUGUGGAAAUCUGAAUCUCAGGAUGAUUAUGGAGCACAAAGGACUGCUGCUGGCGCUGCUGCUGCCGGUGUUCAGCCUCAAAGGAGUAUUUUGCGCAGUGGUACCAUGGACGGAGUUCAGUGAAGCAACGGCCUAUUUGAGGCAGUACGGCUACCUGAAUGAGCCCACCGACACACUGGACCCUCGUUACCUGGAGGAGGUCAUUGAAGCCCUCAGGGUCUUCCAGAGAGUGAAUGAUCUGCCACCUACUGGAGAGUUAGAUGAAGCCACACUGGAAGUGAUGAACCAGCCCCGCUGUGGUUUGGAGGAUCCUUUCAACAAGAAAUUUCACAAGUACAGAGUGAUGGCCCGCUGGAGGAAAAGGAGCUUAACCUAUCGCAUCUACAACUACACUCCUGACAUGAUCAAGUCAGAUGUCAGGAACGCCAUCCGUUCUGCCUUCAAGUACUGGAGCGAUGUGGCGGCUUUGACCUUUAGAGAGGUCAAUUAUGGCAGAGCCGACAUAAAGAUCUCCUUCCACAAGAAAGAUGGAUUCUGCUCUGUCCCAUUCGAUGGCCGUGGUCGUGUACUGGCCCAUGCUGAGUCACCAGAAUCGGGUAUUGUCCACUUUGAUGAGGAUGAGUUCUGGACUGAGGGAACAUAUUAUGGCACUAAUCUGCGUAUUGUAGCUGCUCAUGAAAUUGGCCAUGCUCUCGGCCUGGGUCACUCUCAGUUCAGAAGCGCUCUGAUGGCACCAGUCUACUCUGGUUACCGUGUCAACUUCAGGCUGCACUCAGAUGACGUGAAUGGCAUCCAGGCACUAUAUGGCAAACGGAUCACAAGCACUUUAGCCAGUCCCACAGUUCCAGACAAUCUGGUUCCCACAGUGAGCAGCCAGGGGACUGAGAACAUCCCUGAUCCCUGCACAGCAACACUGGAUGCCAUUAUGCUAGGUCCCUGGAAGAAAACCUAUGCUUUUAGUGGCGAUUAUAUGUGGACUAUCUCUGACCUGGGACACAACACACCUAUAAGAAUUGACAAACUGUGGGGAGGCCUCCCGGGAAACCUAAAUGCUGCUGUGUACUCUCAGCGAACCAACAAGACAUAUUUCUUAAAAGGCAAUAAAGUGUGGAGGUAUACCAGUUUUGUUCUGGACUACGGCUACCCCAAAGAGCUGAAAAGGAUUCCCCCUAAUAUCGAUGCAGCCCUGUAUCUGGAGAAGAACAAAAAGCUUGUCUUCAUUAAGGGAUCAGAGCACUGGCAAUGGGAUGAGCUGAAAUACAACGACCUAAAUUUCUACCCCAAGCCGCUCAGCAUGAUCUUCACUGGAGUGCCACCCGCUCCUGAUGCAGCCUUCACCUGGACCAAUGGCAAGAUAUACAUAUUCAAGGGAGACGACUACUGGCGAGUGAACGAGCAGCUGAAAGCAGAGAGAGGCUAUCCACUGAGCAAGAAGGAACGCUGGAUGCGAUGCUAGUGCUCCACCAUCAGGGGGCAGCAGGUACCAAGAGGUGUGAAGCACAGGGCAUUUACGAACCACCCUAACCUCAAGAGCAGCAAUUCAUUAUAAAUAAUCACUGACCACAUUAAUGGAAAAGCUAGUGUGGGAAUCUGUACCCUCUACAGCAGGCUUGUGUUUGUGUGUCUCUGAAUGCAGGAUUGUGCAAACUUUUGUAUUAUAUGAUCUUUGAGAAAAAUCAAAGCUGUUUUGUUUUUUGUUUUUCCAUUUUACAUGUGUGUUGGAUUAUGUGUCAUUAUGCACUCAGUAAGACGUAAUACGAUGACGGGAACGUGCACUUUCGGGUCAGUUUUGUUUCAUGGACUUCAUUGCGUUCAAUGAGUAACACUGGUCUGCGAGAAAAGCACGCGACACUCGUUCCCUCGUUUAAAGUGAAAAUGUAUCAUUUUCUACGAAUAAACAAGACGUAACAUCAACAAUAAAA